GGCGGUGAGUCGGGCCGCCGCCGCCGCCGCCGCCGCCCGGGGCUGCCAUGGCGCUCGGCUCCCUCUCGCCGGACUGGGACUUCGACCGCCUCGACGACGGCGCCCAGAAAAUCCAUGCUGAAGUACAGUUGAAGAAUUAUGGGAAAUUUCUUGAAGAGUACACAUCCCAGCUGAGAAGAAUUGAAGAUGCAUUGGAUGACUCGGUUGGAGAUGUUUGGGAUUUCAAUCUUGAUCCUAUUGCAUUAAGGCUUUUGCCGUAUGAACAGUCUUCCCUUCUGGAACUCAUAAAAACAGAAAACAAGGUUCUAAAUAAAGUAAUAACGGUGUAUGCUGCUCUUUGCUGUGAAAUCAAGAAGUUAAAAUAUGAGGCAGAAACUAAAUUCUAUAAUGGCCUCCUAUUUUAUGGGGAAGGAGCCACAGAAUCCAGCAUGGUGGAAGGAGAGUCCCAAAUACAGAUGGGAAGAUUUGUUUCCUUCUUACAGGAGCUGUCUUGUUUUGUUACACGAUGCUAUGAAGUGGUGAUGAAUGUAGUUCAUCAGUUGGCUGUUCUGUAUACCAGCAACAAGAAUGCACCUAAAAUUAUAGAAACAUCUGGAGUUCACUUUCAGACUCUGUACGAGCAUUUAGGAGAGCUGCUGACAGUCUUAAUCACGCUGGAUGAAAUAAUUGACAAUCAUGCCACCCUGAAGGACCACUGGACCAUGUACAAAAGGUUAUUAAAAUCGGUUCAUCACAACCCAUCUAAGUUUGGGAUUCAGGAAGAUAAACUGAAGCCAUUUGAGAAGUUGUUAUUAAAACUGGAAGGCCAGUUACUUGAUGGAAUGAUAUUCCAGGCCUGCAUAGAACAACAGUUUGAUUCUCUCAAUGGAGGAGUGUCUGUGUCAAAGAAUAGCACUUUUGCUGAAGAAUUUGCACAUAGUAUUCACACAAUUUUUGCGAAUGUUGAAGCCAAACUUGGUGAACCCUCAGAAAUCGACCAGAGAGAUAAAUACAUAGGAAUUUGUGGGCUCUUUGUAUUGCACUUUCAGAUUUUUCGGACUGUAGACAAGAAAUUUUACAAAUCAUUACUGGAUGUAUGCAAAAAGGUGCCAGCUGUCACAUUAACUGCUAAUAUUAUUUGGUUUGCUGAUAACUUUCUGAUUCAGAAAAUGCCAGCUGCUGCCAAACUGCUGGACAAGAAAAGCAUUCAUGCCAUUAAAACACAGAGGGAGAGUUUUCUACAGCAGAAGGCUCAGUUACUUACCAAAGAGAUGCAGUCAUAUUAUGUCUUUGUGAGCUCAUGGAUGACAAAAAUGGAGUCCAUAUUGUCUAGGGAGCAGCGAAUGGAUAAGUUUGCUGAAGACCUCUCCAGUAGAUGCAGUGUCUUUAUACAGGGUUUUCUUUAUGCUUACAGCCUCAGCACUAUCAUUAAAACCACAAUGAAUCUUUACAUGUCAAUGCAAAAGCCGAUGACCAAGACCUCAGUGAAAGCACUAUGCAGACUUGUGGAACUUCUCAAGGCAAUAGAACAUACAUUUUACAGAAGAAGUAUGGUUGUGGCUGAUUCUGUGACACACAUUGCUCAGUAUUUGCAGUAUCAGGCUCUUAACUCUAUUUCUGUAGCCAAGAAAAGGGUCAUUUCUGACAAAAAGUACAGUGAGCAGCGCCUGGAUGUGCUUUCUGCCCUGGUGCUGGCUGAGAAUAUCCUCAAUGGGCCAAGUACAAAACAGAGACGGCUAAUUGUUUCCCUUGCACUGAGUGUGGGCACACAGAUGAAAACAUUUAAAGAUGAAGAGUUGCUUCCUCUUCAGGUAGUUCUGAAAAAACUGGACUUAAUCAGUGAACUUUCAGAACGAGUGAAAGUGCAGUGUGACUGUUGCUUCUUGUACUGGCAUCGAGCAGUCUUCCCAAUUUAUUUAGAUGAUGUGUAUGAAAAUGCAGUUGAUGCAGCUAGAUUGCACUAUAUGUUUAGUGCAUUACGAGACUGUGUACCUGCGAUGAUGAAUGCAAGGCACUUAGAAUCCUACGAGGUACUUCUGGAGUGCUACGACAAAGAAAUCAUGGACGUUCUAAAUGAGCAUUUACUGGACAAAUUAUGUAAAGAAAUAGAAAAGGACCUACGUCUUUCUGUGCACACACAUCUACAGCUAGAAGACAGAAAUCCUUUCAGAGUUGGGAUGAAAGAUCUGGCUCACUUUUUCUGUCUGAACCCAAUACGAUUUUUCAAUCGUUUCAUUGAUAUCAAAGUUUAUGUGACACACUACCUAGACAAGACGUUUUACAACCUAACAACUGUAGCUCUUCAUGACUGGGCUACAUACAGUGAAAUGAGAAACUUAGCAACUCAGCGUUAUGGUUUGAUCAUGACAGAAGCACAUCUUCCUAGUCAGACUUUAGAACAGGGUCUGGAUGUUUUGGAAAUCAUGAGAAAUAUUCAUGUUUUUGUAUCGCGCUACCUCUAUAAUCUCAAUAAUCAGAUCUUCAUUGAAAGAACCAGCAAUAAUAAGCACUUGAACACUAUCAAUAUCCGGCACAUUGCUAAUUCAAUUAGAACACAUGGCACAGGAAUCAUGAACACAACAGUGAAUUUCACAUACCAGUUUCUGAGGAAAAAGUUUUACAUCUUUAGCCAGUUCAUGUAUGAUGAGCAUAUCAAAUCCCGACUAAUUAAAGAUAUACGGUUCUUCAGGGAAGUGAAGGAUCAAAAUGAUCAUAAGUACCCUUUUGAGAGGGCAGAAAAGUUCAACCGGGGCAUCAGAAAACUUGGAAUAACACCUGAUGGACAAAGUUACCUCGACCAAUUCAGGCAGCUCAUAAGCCAAAUAGGCAAUGCUAUGGGCUACGUGCGAAUGAUAAGAUCUGGUGGACUUCACUGCUGUAGUAGUGCAAUUAGGUUUGUUCCUGAUCUUGAAGAUAUCGUGAAUUUUGAGGAACUGGUGAAAGAAGAAGGGCUCUCAGAAGAAACACAGAAAGCAGCAAGGCAGUUAGAUUCCGUUCUUGGUGAUCUCACACGUAAUUUUGCAGAAGGCACAGAGUACUUCAAAAUGCUUGUGGAUGUGUUCGCUCCUGAAUUCCGCAGUCCAAAGAACAUGCACUUGCGCAACUUCUAUAUUAUUGUUCCCCCACUGACUCUCAAUUUUGUAGAGCAUUCAAUCAGCUGCAAGGAGAAACUGAAUAAGAAGAACAAAAGUGGAGCAGCUUUCACUGAUGAUGGGUUUGCCAUGGGUGUGGCUUACAUUCUAAAGCUGUUGAAUCAGUACCAGGAGUUUGACUCGCUUCACUGGUUCCAGUCAGUCAGAGAGAAAUAUGUGAAGGAGAUAAGAGCAGUAGCUAAGCAACAGAAUGUGCAAUCGACGAAUCAAGAUGAGAAGCUACUACAGACCAUGAACCUUACUCACAAGCGACUAGAUGUUUAUUUACAGGAGUUUGAACUGCUUCAUUUCUCACUAAGCAGUGCAAGAAUAUUUUUCAGAGCAGACAAAACUGCAGCAGAAGAAAACCAGGAAAAGAAAGAGAAAGAAGAAGAACCAAGUAAAACAAGUGAUGGAGACCUGUCUAGUUCUACACCUGCAGAUCCUAUUGUGAAAUGAAAUCUCUGGUAUGGAUGACUUGUCUGAUGUAUCAGAAUUAUUUGUUAUCUUGUUUUUGCCAAUAAUUUUUUUUUAUGGGGUAAAAUCUCUUGAUUUGAUUGACUUGCUGUGCUAAAUUCUGUAGAAAAUGGAACAGUGCUACAGCAGUGUGUAGUGCUGCUAGAGCUGAAUUUUAUAUUAAUAUUCUUUUGAAGACCCCUAUUUUCAGGGGUUUAUUUUAUGUACAACAUUUUGCUCUGAAUUGAAACUUAGCAUGUAACACCUUGACUUAGGAUCAAUUGUUUUCUUAAAACAGAAGUACAGAUCAAACUUAGUUUACUAAUUUCAGAUGCUUUUUUGCAUCUCUAACUUACAACAUAUUUUAAACAAAUUGUAGGCCAUUGAUCCAUAGCUUGCAUUAAAGCAUCUUUUUCUCUUUAACCAGGAAAAAAAUUUAAAGGCAGAUAUUAUGUAUAAAGAGUAUGUGUUGUCUGAAAAAUAAUUUGGGAAGGUGUCCUGCCCAGCCAUAUUGUAGCCAGUACACGAUUACAGACUACACUGUAAUACUGUGCAACAGUGGGCAUUGUGAAUGUAUAUUAAGGCUAAUACACAAUACAGAAAUCCUUAUUAAUAUUAAUGUGUGCCACUAAAUCUUUACUCUUAAAUAAUAUAUUGAUCAAUUGGCUAAGGGAAAUUAGGUCCCUUCAGUGGCUCACUUGUCCCUCUUUUUUCUUCUUUCAUAUCAAAGAAAGUUAAAGUAAAACUAUAAUAAUAAAACUGGUUUUAGAUUUAUACUGAAGGCUUGACUUAUGGCCACAUGAGUAAGGAAAUUCAGACUAAAGAGAGAACCAGAGUCAGUGCUUCCUUUUAUGACCAGGCACUGUGUGACAGGUGUCUGACUAUUAAAGUGAUCUUACAUUUCACAAAUGCUGUAGUGCCUAAGCACAGUUUUCAGCCUCAAGCCUGUAUCUUCUUGCCUGUAUAUAUGUGUGUGUGUGUGUGUGUGUGUGUAUGUAUGUGUGUGUGUGUGUGUGUGUGUGUAUGUGUGUGUGUGUGUGUGUGUGUGUGUAUGUGUGUGUGUGUGUGUGUGUGUGUAUGUAUAUAUAUAUGUUAAACCCUUCAUGUUGUUCAAACAUUAUCUUAAAUGCUUUCUAAUUAAUGAUAAUUGCACUGCAGGCUUUAAAAGCUGCUGAACACUGUGAGAGCUCUGUAUAACUUAAACAUGUACUUACUACAAGUUUUUAGAUUGUGCAAGGGUUAGACAGCAAAUAUCCAGAUUCCUGACUUAAGUAGAUAGCUGGAUUUAACUCAAAACAAACAAAAACUGGAAAAGCAUGGUUGUUUUAAUCACUUGGAACAUGAGAACAAUGCCUUGCUCACUAAAACAAACAGUGCAGUCAGUGUAACCAAUCUGCAAAUUGUUUGUCUUGCACAAUAUUUUUGGACCAUUUUUGUGAGCCUCCACAUCUCUUCAUUAUAGAGCAAGGUACUGUUUUUAGAAGCGAUUCCAAUUGCUCCAAAACCUGGUCACAAAUUAUAUAAGGUAGUAAUGUCAUGUGUGACAGUCCUCUGAUUUGCCCUUCUCUGCCACUGUCAUCACCAUAUACAGAAGUCUAGGACUAAUGCCUUGCCGCAAGUGAAGGGACCAGACUGGCACAGAAUUCUUUCAUGAAAUCUGAAAACCUGACCUAGAAGCAUCAUGAACUGUUUAAUCAGCUGGACUCAUUAAGCCUUUUAUUUGCAAUUCGGUGUAACUGCAGAGUUGGCCCUAAGGAAUGCUGCAUAACCUAAUUUAUGUUUUUGAAUUUUUUUUUAAUUUGUUUUUAUUCUGAUAUGAGUAUUUACUUUGUAAAUUUUAAUUCUUUUGAGCUAAUUAGGCCAGAGGGAAACAUCAUUUUUAGCAGUGCUCCUAUUGCUGCUAACUUUCCUGCUUGUAUGUUUUCAUAGGCAUACGCCCCUUUUCAGAAUCCAUUUUCAGUCAUAUAGUUGGUAUGUUCCUGGCCUGGUCUAUCUUCAUUUCUUCCUCCCUAAUCUCUGGCUAGGGCAUCAAUCACUUUCCCCAUAGAUCUGACUUUACAGAAAUGUACUAUUAGGUCAUAACCUAUUCUAAACAGCAAUUGCAUUCGCUCUCUUGACCUGUGAUUUUUUUUUGUAUUAUUAUUUUUUUUUAUUUUUUUUUUAUUUUUGGAAGAAUGUUGUCCUUAAUACUUUACAGCUUACCUUAGGUAAUGUAUCCAUCUUCCUGAUCUGUUCAGUACUAACCAAUUAACAUGGUUCUGAUGACAGAAAUUCUACAGAAAGAAAAGGAGGCUACUUGUAGAACCCUGUUUAGGUUUAGAGUACAUGGAUGUGUACUGUAUGUGUGAAUAUAUACAUAUGUAUAAUGAUAAUAUAGCUCUUCUUUCUAAUAUAUGAUUGCAGUUAAUCUGGAACAUUUUACUAUACUAUAGAAAUUUACUAAUGGAGGAGCCAUCGUACAGAGUCAUGAGGCUACCUCCAGUACCAGCAUGGCUGGUGUCACUCCCUCAUCUGCUCGUACUAUUUCAAUCCUUGCAUUUCCAUAAGGCCUUGAACCAGAUGAAGCUCCCUGCUGUGCUGCUGGCACUAGCUUCCUGAAGCCUUGCUGUGAGUGUGAGAGAACAAAAUCUCAUCUGCUGGUCUGGAGAGGGAAGUUUUAGAAAAGUAACAACUGCUGUUACUUGAUUCAAACUCUAGGCAGUGAGGAAAGGUGAAGCAGGCUUCCAUUUGCUGAGGAGCCAUAGACCAGGUUGUUAGCUCCUAGCUUCCUUCUAGCCAUGGACUGGAGGCCGUGUCACACAGGUAGGCCUGUCUCUGUGAGAAAGCAGCAGCUGCUGCCAUCUUUUGUUUGCUGCUGUGGCUGUGCUGAAUGUGACAGGAAGCAGAAUUGGUAGCAGUAGCACUUUUGCAGCCCAUGGCCCCCUUCUUACUGAUUGCACUUUCAGGCCAGUAGCCAUAAGAACCCAGAUGUUCAGGCCCUUUUCCCCCCUCCCAUAGCAACAGCACUAGGGAAGAUGCUGAGCACAGUAGCUGCCUUGUCUGGUAUCAAGACCUUAAUGAAUGCAAGGAUCCUGGUUACAUGGUAACUCUCCAUUGGCCUGUGGUGAGAGUCCCAGCUGCAGUGGACCUGACAGUAGUUGACUGGUCUAUGCUUCAGUGAGAGCAAAGCCACUAAUGCACUUCUUGUGUACAUGUGAGCCGAUGCUUUGCUGGAGUGCAGAUUCCUACGGUCCUACUGCAUUCUGUAAUUUAGAGGUAAAUUUGACCUUUCCACCUAAUAUCCAUCAAUGACAGCUGUUUUCAAAUUCUCAGGUAUGAAGGACCAAAUGUAACAUGUAUGUUAUCUAACUCAAAAAGGGUAUUUUGUUACCUCAGUCUCUCUUUUUGGUUCUGUGAGUAGAGUAUGCUCUGUACAUAAAACAAUGUUAAUAAAUGUAAUUUUGAGAAUCUCA